ACCUAAUCCUCCUGUCAGCUGGUGAUGGUGCUCAGUGACGUAGAACAGGUGAAUUCCACCUGUGGUGUGUCUCUCUGGUUCAUAUCUGGGGAAUGUGGAUGGAAGACUUCCUUGUAGCAGCUGGGUGGAGACAAAUGAUGAAUCCUGCAUUUAUUCUGCACGUAGCGUAGAGUGGAGCAGGCAGCGAAGGCGACACAGGACCGAGCAUCAACCUUUCAUCCAGGAGAACGUCUCUGCAGACCACGAUGCUUUACAACGAGUUGCUGCGGCUCUGGAACGAGUCUGUGCAGGCAGUGGACUCCAAGGACUGGGAAGGAGCUCUGGCAAAGCUGGAACAGAUCUCUGAGCCGACCUCUCGGACUCUGUUCAACGCCGCCAUGGUUCACCUGGCACUAGGACAGCUGGACUUGGCUCUGAGGUCUUUAGACUUCACCAUCGCUAAGGACGAGCGCCUUGCUGUCGCCUUCUUCCAGAGAGCCGCCGUGAUGAUGCAGGUUGACAGGUUGGAGGAGGCUCUAUCAGACUGCAUCUGGGCCCAGAAGCAUAUGAGAGAGAACGUCGUUAUUGACUACAGACAGCUGGGACUGAGAUACAAACUCUACAGCUGGCAGGUGUUGUACAAUGCAUCAGCUGUGUACUGCCGGAUGGGCCAAUGGGAGCAAGCCAUGAGUACCCUGCUGUCAGCCACUCAGGAGCGAGGACAAGGACGGGGGGGAAGCAUUGAGGCGGCCUUUACCAGCAUCGAACGGAAGGAGGUCCUGGAACCUCUGAUGGUACCAGAGGGGUCGGUGUUUCGACCAAGGAAACAGGAAAUAGACCAACUGCAACAAAGAGACUUCCUGGGGAAGGCGAAGGUGAUUUCUUCUAUGAUUCCUAAUGAUGAUUUUGGAGGCUUUGAACCUCUGAGACAGCAGAAACCUGGUUUUUAUGAACCCAAGACGGACGGACCUCAGGGGUCCCGAUACAUGCGUGCCCGAACCCCCUACUUGGCGCGGGGUCCAGGACAGCUAACUGUCCCUGGAGGAGCAAUGGUAUUCUUAUUUGGAGAGGAGGACAGAGACGGAAUGAUAAAUGUCUUCCAUGAUGGACAGAGCGGACUCCUGCCAGUCUCCAUACUUGAACCUGCAGAUAUCAAGAAAUCUAAGAGCAAAAAGGACAAGCACCUCCUCAGUGGCAUCCCCCUCCCACCAGAACUCGAGCCCCCCAGUCGCCCACAGACCCGGCCGCUCUCCAGGGCUCCUCCUCGGGUGAGUCGGUCCUCAGAUACUCCUCCUCCCUCAUAUAUGACUGCCACCCACACCCCCCCAGCAGCCUCUGGGCCCCCGAGGUACACGGCCAACGCAGCAAGCAGCCAGCAGGCUGGUUCCCCUCAGGAAGCUGAGGUGGGAUCUGUGGUGGUGAAGGUGCACUACACCUACAACAUAGCUCUGUCUGUCCCUCUGGACACGCCAUACGAGGACCUGAAGGAACGGAUCGCAGAGAAAGUGGGCCAAUCAGCAGCUCAGCUGCGGCUCAGACACAAAAAGCACGGCUCCCGGGUGCUGACGCCUCUGCCUGGGGAGGUGGAGCCAGGCCACACAGUACAGGAAGUGUCAGAGGCUGGCAGAGCCACCCUGUGGUGCCAGAUGGAGGACCCGCUGGCAAACCGUACCAUCCUCUACCAGAUGGUGGCGCUGUAUGACUAUGCUGCUCAAGGCCCAGAGGAUUUGGAGUUCAGUGAAGGAGACACCAUUGAUAUCCUGGGUGAAGUUAAUGAGGAAUGGCUGGAGGGACACUGUGCAGGGAGUAUCGGCAUCUUCCCAUGUUGCUUCGUCUACAGGGAGAACAGCAGCUGAAGGCCCUGAUCUCUCUAUUGAACCUGAUUGAAGCCUUGCAGGCAGUGAACAGACCCUGGACUCACCAAAUGUUCAUUUAAUUCAUGUCUACUGUUGUAUUAAGAGUAUUAAUGUUUAUCACUCAAGUCAAAGUAUAAAUCUAAUUGUCUUGAUGCCAAAAAGAGCCCAACAGAUUUUACUUUCACAAGUGUAGCAGUACGGCUAUCGCCAUAUUGCUCCACUUGUUUCAUGCA